CCACUGUUUGGAGCCGCCGGUGCUUCGACGAUCACCUUACCCAACGGGAGCGAUCUCUGCAACCCGAAGAUCAACACGACGUCGAUCCUCGACUUUGUCAACGACGAGUCGGCUGCUGCGAAGCUGGUGGCCGUGCGGCUGUUCAACUCGGACGGGGCAGGCCUGCGAUGA